CUCCCAAACCCUAUUACCCUCUUUGGCUCUUUCGAUGACAGAGAAGAGAGAGAGAGAGAGAGAGAGAGAGAGAAGAGAAACGGCGAUUGUAGAAGAAGAAGAAGAAACCUAAUCCACAACUACGGGAACAAAGACCACCGGUCCGCUGGUAUCUCUCUCUCUCUCAACUGUUGAAGUUCAAGAAAGCUGUGGGAAGACAUGGCAAAUUCAGGGCUAGCUAGUUUACAAUAUCUUGGAGUUGAUUGCCGCAAAGAUUAGGCUGGAAACUUCUUGCAGUACAUGUAUCAAAUCAAAACAGCAUGGCUACCUUCAGUUCUUCUAGCUGAUGCUUAUCCUCUACAAUUCGCAUAUAUUUGCACACCACAGGUCUCAUUCAAUCAGGUUUUCACACAUCACUCCAAAGGUUUCUUCCAUGAUCAGGCCAUUGCUCAAAUUGUUUUCUGCAUGAAUAAUUUCGAGUGGAAAGUUCCCCAACAAAAUGGCCAUCUUCAGCCUAUUGUCAUGGAAAUUUUACCGAAUAAGUUAAGGUUACAAGACUCUGAUAUGGUCUUUGUUGCUGUUAAAGAUCCAAGUGACAUUCUCCUUUUGGUGCUUUCUUCAAAUGGGUCAGAGAAAAUGUACUGCUGGUUUUAAUAUGUAACUUGUAGCGACUAUUAAUCUAGAUCUCAGUUCUAAGAAUCAUGCCCUGUGUAUAUAUUUCUAGGCUAAUCUUGCCAAACAACCAACGAAUUAGACUUCUUUCCGAAGAUCAUUUUCAUUUCCUAGACUCUAUAUAUUUUAUUAAGACAUGAUCAUUUUACCAA